GGGCCGUGUGAAGUCGGGCGCGGCGCGGGAAGUCGGGCCGCGAGCGCGCGCGGGCCGGGGUCGCGCGGCCGGGCCGGUCCCGUCCCGACCCUCAGGCGGCGCUGGGCCGGGCCCGCGGGGCCAGCAGCGGGGCUCGGCCCCGGGCCCGCCCGGCCAGCAGCGGGGCUCGGCCCCGGGCCCGCCCGGCCAGGUGCAGCCAUGCAAGAAAGCAUACGUUUUGCAUCAUCAGGAGAUGACAUUAAAAUAUGGGAUUCCUCAUCUUUCACUGUGGUGGAGCAGUUCAACCCACAUACGCCCUCACAUCCAGUCAGUUCACUGUGCUGGGCCAGCAAUAAUAGAUACCUGGCCACUGCUUCUGCUGCUGGCGAUAAAAUAGUUGUUUCAAGCUGUAAAAGCAAACCUGUUCCACUCUUUGAAAUAGCUGAAGGAGCAAAACAGACAUGUGUGAGCUUGAAUUCUAGUUCUUCGUCUCUCAUCAGUGGAGGCCUUGAUAACACAGUUAAUAUCUGGGAUUUGAAAUCCAGAAAGAUUUAUCGCAGCCUAAAGGAGCAUAAAGAUGAAGUCACAUGUGUUGCAUAUAAUUGGAAUGAUGGUUAUGUUGUUUCUGGAUCUUUGAGUGGUGAAAUCAUCCUACACAGUGUUACCACCAAUUUAUCAAGUAGUCCCUUUGGUUAUGGCAGCAGACAGCCUAUUCGACACUUGAAAUAUUCAUCCUUUAAGAAAUCCUUGCUGGGAACUGUUUCUGACAGUGGAAAUGUAACUCUCUGGGAUGUAAAUAGCCAGAACCCAUAUCAUAAUUUUGAAAAUACUCAUAAAGCACCAGCCUCAGAAAUCUGCUUUUCUCCAGUCAAUAAACUGUUGCUUGUAACUGUAGGUUUGGAUAAAAGAAUUAUCCUCUAUGACACUUUGAGUAAAAAGUUACUGACAACAAUUGUAGCUGAUUUUCCUCUGACCACAGUAGACUUCAUGCCUGACGGUACUACUUUGGCAAUAGGAUGUUCCCGGGGAAAGAUCUGCCAGUAUGACUUAAGGCAACUGACAUCACCAGUGAAAACAGUUACUGCUCACAAAGGCUGUGUGAAAUGCAUACGUCUUCAGUUCAGUAGCACUUCUUCCAAGUCUAACCUCACAGGUUCUUCAAAUAAACCUGUGGCCAAAAGAGUAGAAGUCAAAGCUGGUAGUAAUCUUGGAGGAAUUCAAAAUACUGGCAUCAAAAACAUUGCCUCUCAAGCAUCAGCAACAGUUUCAUCUCAUCUUACAUUGACAAAUGAGAAUAAGGGAGGAGAGAUUUUUCAGGAGAAAACAGGUUUUCCCCAUAGUUCCAGCUUGGAUGUCAUUCCAUCUAAAGAAACAGAUCAUGGAAAAAGUGCUGAAUUAAAAAAUUUUGAUGAUUUGGGUCGAAGUAGUUUAGGAGAUAUGUUUUCUCCAGUCAGAGAUGAUAUUGUUGCAAAUAAAGUGACUGAAGAUCCCCAGGGAAAUGGUAAGCAUAUACCACUGAUAGGCCUUUGGAGUCCUACCUGCUUGGGCUUGGAUUUUCUCCCACAGCCAACCAUUGCCUUUCCAGUGAAAAGAAACCCAGUGGGCAGUAGUGCACAAGGGACACAGUCUAGCCCAUUACAUGUACUUGUGGGAUCACCAAUUAAAGAAGAAGAGGAACAUCCAGAGACUGACUCCAAGAAGAUAAGUCUUGGAAAACAAGAAUCUAAAGCUGUCUUAAAGCAGGUUUCGAAAUCAAGCUCAUCAAGCAUAGAACCUGUAACUUUAAGUUCUCCACCAUCAUCUACUCCUGAUGCAAAUGAGAAACUUAUGAAGAAUAUUCAGGCCCAUCCUGCAUAUGAUCUACCGGUAAAUGGUACUACCUCAACAAGUUCAAAGAUAACAUCACCUGUCACUGCUGGAGUUGCAAGCUCAUUGUCAGAAAAAAUAGUAGAAACCAUUGGGAGUAGCAGACCAAAUGCACCUCUGACAGCAAUUCAAAUAAACUUCAUUCAGAAUAUGAUACAAGAAACAAUGGAUGACUUCAGAGAAUCAUGUCAUCGAGAUAUUGUGAAUUUGCAAGUGGAGAUGAUCAAGCAAUUCCAUAUGCAGUUGAACGAAAUGCACGCUUUACUUGAAAGAUACUCUGUAAAUGAAAGCUUAGUAGCUGAAAUUGAGAGACUCCGAGAGGAAAACAAAAGACUGAGGACUCACUUCUGAAAGAUUUACAUUGCCAGUUUUAUUAGUGUGAACUCACUACAGGUGGUGUAUUGUCUCUGACAGAUCAUCUGUCAUCACUGAAGUAUUGUUUGAAGACCUGUUACUAUUUUGAACAUGAAUCUAUUCUUCUGAAUAACUAAUGUAAGAUACUAUGUGUAGUUAUAAAAUUUGUGGGAGAUAGGCCUGUAUAAAGAACAUUUGCAUCCUCAUGCUGACCACCUUGCAUUGCAGCCUUCUAACAGAAAAACUCAAAGGACAAGUAAGGUAUUGGAAUUUUAGCAAUAUGUAAAGUGCCUUUUCAUAAACAAAAUCGAACCAGGACAGAUGCUUUUACUGUAAAAACUUUUUUAUAUAUGCAUCUACUUUUCUAUCUGCUGCUUUAUUCUACUGCUGGCAGAAACAAUCACUACAGCCUGCCUUUCAGAUACUUUCCUUGAAGAAAAAGGGGAACAAAAGCUCCUCUUUUGCACAACAUGGAGCCUUAUUUACAAAGAGCUGGAAAGUACAGUUGUCAGUUAGGUUUAUUCAGCUGGCAGCUCUUCUGUCCUGAGUAAAACUAGAGCUUGAAUAUAUUCCCAAAUUUGGUGCCACAAUCUUUCUUAUUGAAUCUGUAAGUUCUUCUUGCAAAUGCUACAUCAACUGCACAAUAAGAUUUUUUUGUUACUACUUUGGCUAUGAAUCUAGAAUUCUUUUUAUUUACGUAUAUUUGAAUGUUGUCAUAGCUUGUCCAAUUUGAAUGCAACUUUAGUCCUCAAAAUGUAAGUAUAUUAAUGAUAUAGCCAUUAAUAAUA